CCUUCUGAUAACUAACCACCUACAACAAGUUUGACAGCUCAGCUUUUUUGUGCUCACACGCAGAGCAGCAACAGCAGCAGCAGCCACAGACAGCUGGACUCUCCUCCACCGGGGUUACUUUUCUCAUUUUUCCCUCUCUCAGUCUCAGGUUUCUUUCUUUUUUUUUUUUUUUUUUUUUUUUUGGUGUGUGUGUCUCGCGUCUCCUGCUGGCUAUGAGGAAUUUCAUGUGUCCGUAGGUUUGGUCACUUUUCCCUCUUUUGGACAUUUAUUGUAUUUUUUGGUCGGCGUUUGUGUAGUUUUUGUAUAUAUUUUUUUCUUUGUCGGGCGUCGCGAGGAACUAAGUUAAUCAUGUCGAGGAGCACGGAGGAGGUGAACAAGCUAACUGAGAGUACAUACAAGAAUGUGAUGGAACAGUUCAACCCAGGACUGAGGAAUCUGGUUAACCUGGGCAAGAACUAUGAGAAAUCAGUGGCUGCAAUGACCCUGGCGGGAAAGUUGUAUUUUGAUGCAAUGUCUAAGAUUGGGGAGAAUGCUGCAGUGUCUCCUGUCUCCAGAGAAUUAGGUGUAGUACUGAUGGAAAUCUCAGAGGUCCACAGGAAGGUUCAUCUUGAGCUGGAAGAAAAUUUUAAGAGGUUCCACAGGGAGAUAAUAGCCGAGCUGGAGAAGAAGACCGACAUGGACGUCAAAUACAUGACAGCCACAUAUAAGAGGUAUCAGAUGGAGCACAAGAUGAAGCAGGACUCUCUGGAGAGGUCGCAGUCAGACCUGAAGAAGCUGAGGAGAAAGAGCCAAGGCAAGAACGCUAACAAGUACGAGAACAAGGAGAGCGAGUGCCUGGAAACAUUGAUGAGCCGUCAGAUGGACAUGCAGCUGUUCAUUGCAGACGGCUGUAAGGAGGCUCUCCUGGAGGAGAAGAGACGUUUUUGCUUCCUGGUGGACAAACACUGUAUGUUCUCCUACCAGAUCGCUUCCUUCCACGACAAGGCCAGAGACAUACUGACGGCAAAGCUGAGCAGCUGGCAGGACCAGUGCAACGAUGCCACCAACAUGCCAGAGAGCAUCUUGUCCAUGAUUGAGGGACUGAGGACGCCGGUGUCCAUCACACCGCUGCCCUCUCCCUCCCCGUCACACCGCAGCGUGAACAUGGCUGCUCCACCGGCUCCACCUCUGAAGCCUCAGACCAGUCCUUUGGCUAACAUGUUCACCCCGGAGAACAGCACUACUAGUGUAACCGCCACUACCAACAACAGCACAGAUCAUGGGAACAGCGAGGAGAGCAAUCUCGCCAGGUCUGUGUCUGUCGCGACGGGUCUCAACAACAUGGUCAAGAGGCCUCGUGUGCGCACCAUCUUCCCCCACGCUGCUGGCAACAACAGCACGCUGCUCAGCUUUGACGAGGGCGACAUCAUCAUCCUGCUCAUCCCCGAUGAGAGAGACGGGUGGAUGUACGGUGAAAUGGAGAAGAACAGAAAGAGGGGCUGGUUCCCUUCAUCAUACUGCCUUGCACUCUCCGAGCCACUCGUGAAUAACAACAGCGUGUCUGUUGCACCAUACCGCAGUAGAAGUGUGGUCAACCUGCACCAUCAGGACACGGAGACGGACGAGGCGACCAUGGUGCUCCCCCCCACGGACUACUCUGACAGCCCGCAGCGUAACCCCAUCAAGAGCAACACCUCAUCCACCAGCACCGUCACCAUAAAUAACAACCACCAGCACUCCCCCACGCCCUCAGCGGCCUCCUCCUCCUCGUCCGAUCACAACACGGCAAACCAGCCUAAUGGCAUCUCACGACCUCCACCCGCUUACCUUGCGGGAGGGAACCCGUUCGCCACAGUCAGACUACGUCCCACCGUCACCAAUGACCGCUCCGCACCGGUCAUCUGAUCUGUCCACAUUUCUACCCAUCCUCGAUUCCCGCAACUUCUCGUCAACCUUUCUGUGUCAUCUAGCCAGGACACGCAGCCCUGCCCUGCCUUUACCUGUUUCAGCAGCUUCUCCUGGUCUGGGUGACACCAGACAAAACUUGGCCAGCACUGAAAAAGAAAAAAAAAUGCCAUUUGAAUCUGGGUACCCCCUCCCACACACACACACAUCUAACUGUUGCAAACUGUCAUAUGGAAGUAUUUUGGGACUGUUCUAUUUACAGAACAGAUGCUCCUCUAUUUAAAAUCAUGUAUUUUCUAUGUCUAUUUUUGUCCUUCUGUGUGUGGUGGUGAUAUUUAAAUGACCACAAUAUUGACCUGCACUUGAGAGACAGACAAAUAAAAAUGGUCAAAGAAAAUAUUGCAAUGUAUUUAUGCUGUUCAUGUCGCUUGUGCAUCGUCAAAAAUGACUGUUAGAAAUAAUUUCUGUUGCCAUAGGACAGUAAGAGAAUGUACUGUAGAGGACCUCUACAUUUCACCCUCAGGUCCUUAAGAAAAUGCUGCAACUCAGUGUUGAUGCUAAAAGGAUGUCGACUGUUGUGGCAAGGAGAGAAAACUGCAAACAUUUUAAGAGAUGCAUCCGAAAAGGCACACAAGUGAUCUUUACCCCAAAGUCCCUCUUGUAUAUAUUUGUACAACAGAUGCUAUAAAUAUUGUCCUUUGCCACCUAACUUAAUGUUUUUGUAGAGCUAGAUCAUCAUGGAGACAGGACUUUUGCCUUAAUGAUCACAUACACACCUACUGUAAAAUAUUAUUUCCAUGUUGCAUCCAUCAGAUUGUGGACAUGAGUUGUGACAAUCGCCUCGUCUUCACAUACACAGUGCAAUCGUAUCUGCUUUUUAAGACCAUGGUUUGUACACUGCUUUGGUCUUUGGCCCACAUUACAUCCUUAAUAGAAUUUGCUGUAUGAAAAAUAAAGAUUUAUUUCCUCAA